GCGGAGAGUGUGCAACAACUGUUACACCGGUAACAUAUAUCACACCUGCAUACACACGCGUGUCUUCGUGAACGUUCUUAAUUAUUUAUACCCGGUGAUAAGGGAGUGAGUGAAAAACUAAAAAAAAAAAAAAAAAAAAAAAUGCCUAUGGUGAGAAACGGCGGUUAGUUUGUAACCGGCAACCAGUGCCCCGAGACCCGAGUGAUCAAUAAUAUACAGUGCGCGUCGCAAGUUAUCGCCCUGUGUGCCUUUUUGGAGCAAAGGGUUUUUGUAGUUUGGUUGAAACGAUGACGGAGAGGAUGGACAAGGAGGGCGGCUCACCGGCCCAGGGCUUGAAAAGGGAGCUCGGGCUUUUCAGCGCCAUCAGCAUGAUCGUAGCCGUCAUGAUCGGCUCCGGCAUCUUCGUGUCACCCUCGAGUGCCUUGGAGCACUCGGGCUCGAUCGGCCUGAGCCUGAUAGUAUGGAUGGUAUGUGGCAUUCUGUCCCUACUGGGCGCCUUGGCGUUCGCGGAACUGAGCGCGGUUGUGCCAAAAUCGGGCGCCGAGUACGCUUACUUCCUCGACGCCUUCGGCCCCCUCCACCGCUACUUUGGCGAACUACCGGCCUUCCUUUACUCCUGGGUCUUCGUGUUCGUGCUCAGGCCCGCCGAGGUCGCGGUCAUCGUCCUCACGUUCGCCGAGUACUUUGUCCAACCCCUCGUUCCUCUCGUCGGUGAACUAGACGCCCACAACUGGACUCUGUUGAAGAAGCUCGUAGGAAGCCUGGCUCUUGGUCUGAUGGUCUACAUCAACAUAACGAGCGUGAAGCUCUACGUGAAGGUGCAAAACACCUUCGGGGUGUUCAAGAUCCUCGCCUGCAUCCUCGUGAUCGUGGGUGGCUGCUGGUGGCUCGCCACCGGACACACCGACCUCCUGAGCGAGCCGUUCAAAGGCACGACCAGCUCCCCCGGCCAGAUAGCCUUGGCGUUCUACAGCGGACUCUGGGCCUACGACGGCUGGACGGCCGCUGCGAUCGUCACCGAGGAGGUCAAGAGGCCCGAGGUCAACAUACUCCGGUCCAUAUUGGUCGCGGUGCCCGUUGUCACUGUGCUCUACGUCUCCAUGAAUCUCAUGUACAUGUCCGCCCUGACGACGACCGAGAUGAUAGGGGCGCCCGCGGUCGCCGUACUCUGGGCCGAGAGGAUUCUUCCCUCCUGGAUGGGCUUUGCCAUACCCCUCGGCGUCGCCCUCUCCACAUUCGGCUGCGGACUCAGCGUGCAAUUCGGCGUCACGAGGCUGUGUUACGUAGCUGGUAGGGAGGGUCACGUGCCGCGUUUCUUCAGUUGGGUGCACCACGAGCGCCUGACCCCGGCCGCCGCGGUGGCGUUGCAGGGCGCCCUGACGCUGCUCUACAUGAUGCUGGGCAACAUCGUCGAGCUCAUCGAGUUCGCCAGCUUCCUCAUAUGGGUGUCCUACGGUCUGGCCAUGCUCGCCCUGAUCGUCAUGCGGUACACCAAGCCCGACGUCCAGCGGCCGUAUCGCGUACCGACCUUCGUGCCCUGGCUCGUCCUCUUGAUAUCCGUCUACCUGUCGCUCAUGCCCAUUUACGAGGAUCCCUCGCUCAAGUACAUGUUCGUUCUCGUCUUUGUCCUCCUUGGCUGGGUCGUCUACCACUUUUACGUCCAUCAGAAGAAAAAGAGCGACUUCACCAGAAAGCUCACGUAUUUAGUCCAAAUGUUGUUCAUGGUCGUCGCACCCGAUGAGGUCGAGGACAAGAGCGACGAGGCUUUGAACGAUAAAUCGAACCAAGUCAAGUAGGUGAGCCAUCUGACACACAAGUGAGAGGCUAUAUCAUCGUAUAAGUAUAUAUCCUCCUGCAGCGAAGAUAGAGAUAAACAUACAAGUUACAAAAGACUCACAGUCGACGAUUUUCCGCGACUCAAACGCAUCAGGCUGUGAAAUGAGAAAUGUGCAAGGCGCAAAUAGUGUGCAAGACGUUAUGCGUAAGCUUAAGUGGUUUACACUGUGAUUCGAAUAGACGAACUAACGCCAUCUAUUUCACUAAGUUUAUGCCUUUUUUUAUACUCUUAUAAAUAAUUGUUGAUAGAUUUGACACAAAUGAGAUUUUUACAAU